AAGAAGACACCUUUGCGUUCAAUAUGAUGUGGAAAGCAGACACUUAAACGUUUAAUGACGUGGAAAGCAGACACUUUAACGUUCAAUGACAUGGAAAGUAGAUGCUUUAAUAUUCAAUGGCGUGGAAAGCAUGCAAUUUAACGUUCAAUGACGAGGAAAGCAGAUACUUUAACGUUCAAUGACGUGGAGAGCAGCCACUUUAACGUUCAAUGACGUGGAAAACAGAUACUUUAACAUUGAAUGGCAUGGAAAGCAGACAAUUUAACGUUUAUUAACGUGGAAAGCAUACAAUUUAACGUUUAAUGGCGUGGAAAGCAGAUACUUUAACAUCCAAUGGUGUGGAAGCAAACAAUUGGACUCUACAGUAGAACGCAGAUAAAUCAACGGUUAUUGACGUAGAAAUCAGACGACCCAAACUUCAAUGACGUAGAAAUCAGACGACCCAAACUUCAAUGACGUAGAAAUCAGACGACUCAAACUUCAAUGACGUUGAAAUCAGACGACCCAAACUUCAGUGACGUAGAAAUCAGAGGACCCAAACUUCAAUGAUAUAGAAAGCAGACACUUAGCAGUCCUUAGAUAGUGAAAACCUCCCCUGUGAUAUUACACGUAUCCCUCCCGUGUGAUGCACAAAAUACAAAGUGAAAGUAGAAAUCGGAUAUUAUCCUUUUGUAAAAUUACAUGCCAAAGGCCACCCACCCCCACCCCCCAUGAUGCAAAACUUGCAGCAAUAUUAUACAGUUAAGACCCACAUUCUUGGUACAGGGGGUACAGGCACCAAUUCCCCGGACUCUGUGUUGAAUCAGAUUACAGCGUUUGAAAAAUUACUCCGCCAUGCAAUUUCCCGCUUUUCCAAAGAUCGUUUAUUCAGCAUGCUUCAGGUGGCCGCUGAGGAACAAAAAGCGGCAAAUCCCAGUCAACCGCGGGGCGCCAAAACUGCAGGAGAGGCCAAGAAACCUUCUACAGCUUUAUCCUUGAAAAUCAAAUCAAUGGAACAGCUUCGACAAUCAAUGAAACCGCUGAUAAAACGAGAACAAAAGAAUGUCAAAAUAACUGACAAAGAAAAGCAGGCGAUCAAAUACCUGGAAACAUUUGAGAAUGAUUACAAGUAUCUUGGGAACCUAAAACGACAUUUUGACGAUAAUAUUCAAUCUGUGUUGCAGAAGGAUUAUUUUGAUCCUGCGGAUCGUCCCAGACGUUCAGCUGUAAAGGAUCGCGUCGAAAAUAACGAUAACAAAGGAACACAGGCCUCACGAAAUCCAAAAAGUAAAGGUCCAAAACGAGGAGCUCAGCCUACACAGGAAGAGAUAAGGAUAUCUGAAAUGCAGAAGUUAUUUUCAGUUGUCACGCGAUUAGAAGAACUGGACCGCAAGUGGGCAGGGUUAUUAAGAGACCGAGAGUUAAACCCGGAUGAUUUCGACCCAGACAGCAGUCAUGAACUUAUGACAUUCAGUAAUUAUUCCUCGUUUGAACCGAUACUGCGUCUGGUACCAGAUGUGUUUGUUAAGUGUUACAACGCUGUGGAUAUGGCCAAAGAAUGGCUUACUCUGGCCAAGUCAAUUUAUGGGGAGAGACUUCCACUCAAAGGCAAAGCAAAGGAACUGGUGCCAAAAUCUCGCGAAAACACUGUAACACCGAAGUCUCGUGAGAGCAUCACAUCACAAAAAUCUCGCGAGAACACUGUAUCACCAAAAUCUCGUGAGAACACUGUAUCACCAAAAGAAUCGCCAAAACCUUCUGAAUCCCCUAAUCCAGAGGACAGCUUCAAAGCUGCCAAUGAAUAUGCUCAACAAGCCAAAGAAAUCAAACAGAAUAUUAGAGAUAUUGGUGAAGUCAUACAUGAAAACGAAAUGAAAUUGGAAAAUCUUAAUGAGGAGAUGCAGGCAUUGCAGUCUCGUGAAGGUCGCAUCGAUGAACUAACAAACAAUUUUGAACAAGUGGACUCAAAACUGUUACACGCACAAAAAGAAUAUAACACAUUUCUCUACGAACGUCAGCAAACAAUGGAGAAUUUAAACAACCUGCGGAGGGGAUCAGUAGAACACACGGAACUCGUGCAUAAAGCAAACGAGUUCACUGCGGAGCUGACCAGACGACAAUCCACGUUAAAGAUUCUUGAAUAUAAGAAAAACGUGGUGCAGGAAGAUUAUCUUUUGGAACUUGAGCUGAGACCAAAUUUUAUUCACUUUCUCGGUGACAUCAAGCAACAGAUGGAAGAUAUAAAAUCAACGAUCAAAGGCAAACACACUGAGAAACAAGAACUCGAAAAACAGUUGACCCUCCUUAAGACCAACACCGAGAGAAUUAAACAGCAAAUGCAGAAAUAUUUAGAAAGUUCUGAUGACUCGGCAACUCUCACGAGGCAGAUUUCUAGACUUACCAAAGAGAUUGAAGAUGACCUUGCCAGUAUUGAAGGCAUGGAGUCUGAGAGGAGUUUUGUAUCUGAAUCUGACGAUGUUGAUUUGUCGGAAUAUAUAACAGGUUUUAAAACAAGCACACCCUCUCAAAGGGGACAUAACCCCAACACAAAAACCAAAUAUGAACCGCUUCGGACAAACAGGUCCAUUAAAUCAUGACGCGUUAUAGAUACUAGGAAAACAGGUUCAUCGGAAGCUGAGGGUGUUCAUUCCGUGUUAGAGAUACUAAAAAUAAAAGUUCAUCGGAAGCUGAGGGUGUUCAUCCCGCGUUAGAUAGCAUAAAUUAAAGUUCAUCGGAAGCUGAGGGUGUUCAUCCCGCGUUAGAUAGCAUAAAUUAAAGUUCAUCGGAAGCUGAGGGUGUUCAUCCUGCGUUAGAGAUACUAUAAAUAAAUGUUCAUCGGAAGCUGAGGGUGUUCAUCCCGUGUUAGAGAUACUAAAAAUAAAAGUUCAUCGGAAUCGUCGCUGAGGGGUGUUUAUCUGUUUUUGAGCAUUGGUAUCAUUUUGUUUACAUAGGGUUUUUCGCACGGCAAUUUAAUGAAAUAAAGAAAGUGUUUAUUUUUA